UCCUCUGCCUCUAGUGAGUGCGCGAACGAGAAAGGAGGAGGGCGCUCCAGGCGAAAGCACUGCAGACGCCAUUAUUCCCUGUUUCUCUGCUGCUGCAACCUCGACGUCUUGCCUACGUCCCGCUUUUUUGCGGCCUAUAGGCUACUGCAGCACUAGGGUGUCAGUUGGUCCCGCCCAGAACACUUCAGUUCUGCUCUGCAAGGAUAUAUAAUACCUGAUUGGUGUGUCCAUUUAAUUCAAGAAAAUGGAAACUGAACAACCAGAGGAAACCUUCCCCAACACUGAAACCAAUGGUGAAUUUGGUAAACGCCCUGCAGAAGAUAUGGAAGAGGAGCAAGCUUUUAAAAGAUCUAGAAACACUGAUGAGAUGGUUGAACUACGUAUUCUGCUUCAGAGCAAGAAUGCUGGGGCAGUGAUUGGAAAAGGAGGCAAGAAUAUUAAGGCUCUCCGUACAGACUACAAUGCCAGUGUUUCAGUCCCAGACAGCAGUGGCCCCGAGCGCAUAUUGAGUAUCAGUGCUGAUAUUGAAACAAUUGGAGAAAUUCUGAAGAAAAUCAUCCCUACCUUGGAAGAGGGCCUGCAGUUGCCAUCACCCACUGCAACCAGCCAGCUCCCGCUCGAAUCUGAUGCUGUGGAAUGCUUAAAUUACCAACACUAUAAAGGAAGCGACUUUGACUGCGAGUUGAGACUGUUGAUUCAUCAGAGUCUGGCAGGAGGCAUUAUUGGGGUCAAAGGUGCUAAAAUCAAAGAACUUCGAGAGAACACACAGACAACAAUCAAGCUUUUCCAGGAAUGCUGUCCUCAUUCCACUGACAGAGUCGUUCUUAUUGGAGGAAAACCAGAUAGGGUUGUAGAGUGCAUCAAGAUCAUCCUUGAUCUUAUUUCGGAGUCUCCCAUCAAAGGACGUGCACAGCCUUACGAUCCCAAUUUUUACGAUGAAACCUACGAUUAUGGUGGUUUUACAAUGAUGUUUGAUGACCGCCGUGGACGUCCUGUGGGAUUUCCCAUGCGGGGGAGAGGCGGUUUUGAUAGAAUGCCUCCUGGUCGGGGUGGGCGUCCUAUGCCUCCAUCUAGAAGAGAUUAUGACGACAUGAGCCCUCGUCGAGGACCUCCUCCACCGCCUCCUGGACGAGGUGGCCGGGGUGGUAGCAGAGCUCGGAAUCUUCCUCUUCCUCCUCCGCCACCACCUAGAGGGGGAGAUCUGAUGGCCUAUGACAGAAGAGGAAGACCUGGAGACCGCUAUGACGGCAUGGUUGGUUUCAGUGCUGAUGAAACUUGGGACUCUGCGAUAGAUACAUGGAGCCCAUCAGAAUGGCAAAUGGCAUAUGAACCACAGGGUGGCUCCGGAUAUGAUUAUUCCUAUGCAGGGGGUCGUGGCUCAUAUGGUGAUCUUGGUGGACCUAUUAUUACUACACAAGUAACUAUUCCCAAAGAUUUGGCUGGAUCUAUUAUUGGCAAAGGUGGUCAGCGGAUUAAACAAAUCCGUCAUGAGUCAGGAGCUUCGAUCAAAAUUGAUGAACCUUUAGAAGGGUCCGAAGAUCGGAUCAUUACCAUUACAGGAACACAGGACCAGAUACAGAAUGCACAGUAUUUGCUGCAGAACAGUGUGAAGCAGUAUGCAGAUGUUGAAGGAUUCUAAUGCAAGAUAUUUUUUCUUUUUUAUAGUGUGAAGCAGUAUUCUGGAAAGUUUUUCUAAGACUAGUGAAGAACUGAAGGAGUCCUGCAUCUUUUUUUUUUUAUCUGCUUCUGUUUAAAAAGCCAACAUUCCUCUGCUUCAUAGGUGUUCUGCAUUUGAGGUGUAGUGAAAUCUUUGCUGUUCACCAGAUGUAAUGUUUUAGUUCCUUACAAACAGGGUGGGGGGGGGAAGGGCGUGCAAAAACUAACAUUGAAAUUUUGAAACAGCAGCAGAGUGAGUGAAUUUUAAUUUUUGUUCAUUGUUGGUGGUUUAAAGGAAAAAUAUUCCCCCCAUGUAAUUAUUGUGAACACUUUGCUUUGUGGUCACUGUAACAUUUUGGGGGGUGGGACAGGGAGGAAAAGUAACAAUAAUAGUCCAUAUGUCCCUGGCAUCUAUUCAGAGCAGUGUGCAGAAUGUAAUGCUCUUUUGUAAGAAACGUUUUAUGAUUUUUAAAAUAAAUUUAGUGAACCUA